GCGCAUCCCACAGCCAGAGCCGACUGUGCCCCAGGGAAUCCAAGACAAGGGCCGCAUUAUCGUGCUCCUAUCCGCUCCCGCCGUGCUUGACGAUGUCUAGCCUUCAAGGCUAUGUGGAUCGCCGCGUACUCCUCAUUCUACAGGACGGACGCGCCAUCGUCGGCAUAAUGGCAGGAUACGACCAAAAAUCAAACGUCGUGCUUUCAGAUUCGAAAGAACGCGUGUAUAGCAUGGAUGAGGGCGUCGAAGAAAUCCCUCUGGGUCUCUACCUCGUCAAAGGUGAUAUGAUCAUCCUCAUUGGCGAGAUCGACGAAGAACAAGACAAUGCACUCGAUCUUUCCACAAUUCGUGCCGACCCGCUUCCUGCCAUCCACUGGUAAAAGCACCUCCGGUCUACCCAAACCGACCAAACCCGCCUCCAUACCUGUCUCUCUACCAUCCAAACCCGUGUACUCUACGCCCCGCCGCCCCUACCCAGCAUAUCAUUCUCCCCGACGUCGAACUCCCGCGACAUAGCCCCCCAACCGACCAUCCAGCCAAUGCCCCCUCCCGAAAACCUGAAAAAAGGACCACGGCACGUCAUACACUUCACCAUACUCCUACAUCCGCCUCAUCUCGCAAUUAAUACCAUAUACAUACGCCCACCCUGCCACCAAUCCCCCUGCAGUUAUUCAUACCCUUAUCACGCCGGCGGAGCAAACGGUCUGGUCUAGUCUAGUCUUGGCGGCAUCUGCUGGCGAACAGAUAUUACGCCGAAUAUAUCAAGAAAUAAAGAAAGCGCGUGUGGUGUGGGAAGGAGGUAACUUAGUUUGGACGAGGGGAUUCAAAAAUACCUGAUCGUGCCUCGUUCUCGGGUUUCGAGAGUUGGUACAUAUGGCGUAGGCGUAUUGUCCAGUUUUAUUUCUGGUGGUUGGGCGGUUGGGGAGGUUAUAUCAAUCGCGGCAGAGGUUGGUUGGUCCGAAAUGACAAGGCGCACGUUCUUCGGCGAAGACAGGUUCAGAUGAACAUGCUCUUGUCUGUGUCUCGAGUAGAAUGGUUAGGCGUGGUUGGUUUUGGGUUCGGGUGUGGGUGUUACGUGGGUUGCGAGAAGGCGGGGACGAUUGCGUUGCGGGAGGGGUUACGGUCGGAAGAGGCCACGGGGGGUAUGAAUGGAUGUAAUGGGCUCUUAGAAGUGAUGUGCAGGUGCAGAUUCGACAUUGUGAUAUCAAUGCUGUAAGUUGGUCCUGAGGCCUUUCCAAAUCGAUUCCGAC